AUGGAGCAGAUUUUCCAGGACAGGAUUCCAGGUGCGCGGAUCAAUUUCGAAGGAGUGUCAUUGCCGGGGCUCUUCGGCGGCUGUGUGCGGCCGCUAGCCAUUUGGUCCUCUGCGAAAGAGGAACUUGGAAUGAACCAGGACCCCACCCAGUCCUGUCUUCGCCAAUAUGAGAAUCUUGCAUCCAACUACUGGACGACGGCGGACCUCGUUCAGGCGGCCGUUGCGGAUGUGCCCAUCUGCUCUGAGAUGCUGAAAACUGCAUUUAUGCAGAACAGCCUGAGUCUCGGCGCCGCCUUCGUCUUACCCAAAGACCGGCAUAUCCUUGUUUCGCUGCCACCCUUGCAGAUUGCGGCAGGCCAGUUCGAACUUCCAACUGAGAUAGAUAAGGGCACUCAAAGGAAAGUUCGUGACAUACUGCACCUACGUGGACGCAGUUCGAGGAGCUCACGGGCAUCGCGCCAGCUUUGCGAGUUGCUGCAACAUGGGCCUGAUUCUUGGUGGCCAUACCGUUCUGCAGCAUGUCUUUGGAAGCGAGGCCUCCAAUACCAAGGCCCAGGAACUGCUCAGAAAAAAUGUGAGGGAAGAUCUCGCAGUGCGUUGGGUCAGAGGUGGCACAGAUGUGGCAGCAGUGAACUUUUCUCAGCGAUGCUGGCGAGAAGGAGCUGUUGA